AGGUUUUUAAGGAUGAUGGAAGAUAGAGGUUUCACACCUAAUAUUGUCACAUACAACACUGUCAUUGACUGUCUCUGUAAGAAUGGGUUGCUGAAGGAGGCUCUCAGUCUCUUCUCUGAAUUGAAGGCUAAAGGAAAUCGACCAAAUAUCAUUACUUAUAGUUGCUUAAUUCAUGCUAUGUGCAAUUUGGGCCAGCAAAAUGAGGUAACAGGGCUUUUGAAUGAAAUGAGGGAGAACAAUAUUUCACUCAAUAUUUUCACCUAUAGUAUAUUGAUCGACGCGUAUUGCAAGGAUGGUAGGAUUUCAGAAGCUAUAGAUACCAUUGACACAAUGAGGAAGCAAGGCAUUGAGGCUAAUGUUGUCACGUAUAGUAUAUUGGUUGAUACAUAUUGCAAGCAGGGAAUGGUUUCCAAAGCUGAAGAUAUGGUCGACACAAUGAGAAAACAAGGCAUUGAGCCAGAUGUUGUCACCUAUAAUGCAUUGAUAGACGGCCAUUGCUUGCAAAACGAAAUGGGUAAAGUUAGUAAAGUAUUUCAGUUGAUGAUUCAGAAAGGUUGUGCACCUGUUAUACGGAGUUACAACAUCAUGAUCAACGGAUAUUGCAAAGCUAAAAGGUUUGACGAAGCAAUGGGACUCUUUUGUGAAAUAUCUCGAACAGGACCAACCCCAGAUACGUUCACAUAUACCAUUGUAAUGCAAGGUAUGUUUCAAUUAAGGAGAGUUUCUGCUGCAUGUGAAUUUUUAAGGGAGAUGCUUGCUUCUGGACUAGUUCCAAGUCAAGUGACCUAUUUGAUUUUGUUGGAUGGUUUUUGCAAAAGUGGUAAACUCAAUGAGGCAUUGAAAGUUUUUCAGUCAAUGCGGAAUGGUGGGUUGGAACUCGAUAUUGUCUUUUAUAAUAUCCUAAUCGAUGGCUUGUGGAAAGCUGGGCAUACUGAAUCUGCAAAGAGAAUGUUUAACGAACUGUCCGUGAAUACUUUAAAACCCACCGUUUACACAUAUAAUAUAAUGAUUAAUGGAUUUUGUAAAGAGGGAUUCGCGGAUGAAGCAUACCGAUUGUUUAGGAGCAUGGAAGAUGAUGAUUGUUCGCCUAAUAGCAUCUCUUAUAAUGUAAUGAUCCAGGGGUUUUUCCGGAACAGCUCUACCUCAAAGGCAGUUCAACUUCUUACAGAAAUGGUCGGUAAGGGAUUUUCUGCAGAUUUCAGCACGUCCACCAUGUAUAUGGAUCUACUCUUACAAUCUAAUAAAUCAAUCUUGAUUGUAGUAUUCCCCGAAAACACUCCAGGUUUCGCGUUGGAUGCAUUUGCUCGCUCUUCCCUCCAGAAGAUCGGGCUUGAUUACAGCCAUGGCACAGGGGACGGUGUUGGAGCUGCAUUGAAUGUCCAUGAAGGUCCACAAAGUAAAGGCAUGAUUGUUAGCAACGAACCUGGUUGCUACGAAGAUCAUGCCUUCGGAGUUCAGAUCGGUAAUCUCCCUUGUGUGCAAGAGAUUAAUACACCAAAUCGUUAUGGAGGAAUUGAAUAUCUCGGAUUCGAAAAACUAACAUUUCUCCCCAUUCAGCAAGCUCAGUCCUUUUACUUCGAUUCUGCUGAGUUUCAAGAUAUGGGUAAGCUUCAUUCUCCACUAAUUCUUCAUUCUAUUGUUAAUGGUGGAAGGAAUCUCUCUAUUUUCCACUCUUCUUUUACCACCAGUGCUACCCGCAUUAAAGCUUUAAACAAGAAUUCAGUGCCUGUGAAGGGAAACCCAAAGAAGCAUGAUCCUUUUGACAAUGUUGAUGAUGCUUUAGCUUUGUUCGAUAAGAUGAUUGAGAAGUACCCAAAGCCUUCAAUUGUGGAAUUCACUAAACUAUUGGCAGCCAUUGUUAGAAUGAAGCAUUAUACCGUUGUUGUUUCUACGUGUCGCCGAAUGGAAUUAUCUGGAGUUUCCCAUGACGCUUUUUCUUUCAAUGUCUUGAUUAACUCCUUUUGUCAAUUAGGUCGAAUUGAUUUUGGGUUGUCUGCAUUGGGGAAAAUGCUGAAGUUAGGUGUUGAACCUAAUGUCGUAACCUUCUCCACUUUGAUUAAUGGACUUUGCAAACACAACAAGUUCUCCCGGGCUGUCAGUUUGUUUGAUGAAAUGGUUGAGAAAGGGUAUCAACCUGAUUUGAUCGUUUACAAUACAAUACUUAAUGGGUUGUGUAAGAUCGGCAACACCGAAAGAGCUGUUAGGUUUUUAAGGAUGAUGGAAGAAAGAGGUUUCACACCUAAUGUUGUCUCAUAUGACACUGUCAUUGACUGUCUUUGUAAGAACGGGUUGCUGAACGAGGCUCUCAAUCUCUUCUCUGAAUUGAAGGCUAAGGGAAAUCGACCAAAUAUCAUUACUUACAAUUGCUUAAUUCAUGCUAUGUGCAAUUUGUGCAGGGAAAAGGAGGUAACAAGGCUUUUGAAUGAAAUGAGGAAGAACAAUAUUUCACUUGAUAUUUUCACGUAUAAUAUCUUGAUCGAUACAUAUUGCAAGAAGGGUAUGAUUUCCGAAGCUGUAGAUACCGUUAAUGCAAUGAGGGAGCAAGGCAUUAAGCCUGAUGUUGUCACAUAUAAUAUAUUGGUUGAUGCUUAUUGCAAGGAGCGAACGGUUUCCAAAGCUAAAGAUAUUAUUGACACCAUGAGAAAGCAAGGGAUUGAGCCUAAUGUUGUCACGUAUAAUAUAUUGGUCGAUGCUUAUUGCAAGGAGGGAAUGAUUUCCAAAGCUAUAGAUACCAUUGACACAACGAGGAAGCAAGGCAUUGAGGCUAAUGUUGUCACGUAUAAUAUAUUGGUUGAUACAUAUUGCAAGCUGGGAAUGGUUUCCAAAGCUGAAGAUAUGGUCGACACAAUGAGAAAACAAGGCAUUGAGCCAAAUGUUGUCACCUAUAAUACAUUGAUAGAUGGCUAUUGCUUGCAAAACAAAAUGGAUAAAGCUAGUAGAGUAUUUCAGUUGAUGAUUCGGAAAGGUUUUGCACCUGAUAUACGUAGUUACAGCAUCAUGAUCAACAGAUAUUGCAAAGCUAAAAGGUUUGACGAAGCAAUUGAACUCUUUCAUGAAAUAUCUCGGACAGGACCAACCCCGAAUACUGUCACAUACAACACUCUAAUGCAAGGCAUGCUUCAAUUAAGGAGUGUUUCUGCUGCAUGUGAACUUUUAAGGGAGAUGCUUGCUUCUAGACUUGUUCCAAGUCGAGCAACGUAUUCGAUUUUUCUGGAUGGUUUUUGCAAAAGUGGUAAACUCAAUGAGGCAUUGAAAGUUUUUCAGUCAAUGCGGAAUGGUGGGUUGGAACUCGAUAUUGUCUUUUAUAAUAUCCUGAUCGAUGGCGCUUACAAAUGUGGGCAUAUUAGAGUCGCAAAGGAAUUGUUUCAAGAACUGUCCGUCGAUGGUUUAAAACCUAAUGUUUACACGUAUACUAUAAUGAUUAAUGGAUUGUGUAAAGAGGGAUUGCCGGAUGAAGCACACAAGGUGUUUAGGAGCAUGGGAGAUAAUGGUUGUUUGCCUGAUAGAAUCUGUUAUAAUGUAAUGAUCCAGGGGUUAUUCCGAAACAGCUCUACCUCAAAGGCAACCCAACUCCUUGAGGAAAUGGUCGGCAAGGUCUUUUCUGCGGAUUUAUGCACUGCCACCUGGUACGUGGAUCUACUCUUACAAUCUAAUAAAUCGAUCUUGAUUUAGAAAAUGUUGGGUUGU